CGGGCGCAGCUGAGCGUCGCCCCGGGAGACGCGCGCGCCACGCGAACCCCGACCCGCUGUCAGGCGCUGAGCGGCGCCUCAGACCCCACGUCUGCAUUCGAAGUCCGAGUCGGGACCCGAUGGCGCGGCCCAGUACCGGCGCAUCCUCCUCUCUCGGCUCUCGGGGUUCCCAGGGGCCCCGACUCCGCACCGCGGGUCACCUGCGCUUCGCAGCCCCGCGUCUCGGGCUCCCGCAGGACCCAAGAAUGGCUAGCUCAGGUUGUCUGAAGAUGCAAAUGGAAUCCAAGAGUUAACCUGCACAUCUCCAGGACCCAGGUCCCCAGAGUCUGGGGCUUAGAUUGGUCCCAGGUGACACGAUGGCAGUGCGAGGAAAGGGAUGUUAAAUCUUCUGCUCUUCCCUGGGGAAUCCUCUCACAGGGUAAUGAAGCAGGAAGCCAGCUGUGCCGCAGCCGCCUUAGAGGUCCCUAAACCAGAAAAGAAGCUCCAGAUGUGAAGAUGAGCUUCAAAGUCCAGCCACAGGAGACCCAGGCCAACUCCAGAUCCAGAUCAGGCCAAGCCCAGAAUCAGAUUAGGACCUGAGGCAGAGACUGAUCGGUUGAACUAAGUGGUGGCUACAGAAGGGGAGUUUGAGGAGGUGCUGGCCCUCUCGGGGGCACUUGGGCGAGGCCGAAGGAGAACUGUGUGCGAGCCCUGGAGCGAGAGGCCUGGCAGGGGCAGAGGGAAGAGGGGACAUCCUCUCGGCCUGGGUCCGCCGAUCGCACUGGAGUCUUUGAACAUGAUCGAUACCCGGAAAACCCUGCUAGUGGAGGGGCUGCGCUUGGCGCCCUGGGAGCGCGGCGAGGGUGUGUCCCUGCUCCUGCAGCGCUUCUGCGCGUAGCUGGUCAAAGGACAGCAUCCGGGGGUCGGGGUGACACGACUUACCGACUAGGCCCCCCGGGAGCUGACCGAGUACCGAGUAAUCAUCAAGCAGGGCAUCUUUUUGGUUCGGUUCAACGCGUUGGCGCUGCUGGCAGGGCUGGGCGCGCCGCUGGCUGCUCUGCAGACCUCUGGCAACUUCUCGCCACUGCUCCCGGAGGCCGUGUCCAAGUCAGGCAGCGAAGUGGCACGUCUUCUGCUGUGGUCCUCCGUGCAGCGCGACGUGCUUCCGGGAGGGAUCCUCGUCCAGGACCUCCUCCUGCACCUACUGGCAGCCAAAGGCCUGGAGUGGCGCUUGCUCACGCUGUGCACCAACCCCUUCCCUAUCCCGCAAGGCGGCGACCGCGCGUGGAGCUCCCACAACAUCGACUGCUUCAGCAGCGACAUUGGGCAGGUGCAGAGCCAGCUGCUCUGGCACCUGCAGCGCCAGAUCCCACGUCUCGCCGUCCAAGUCAUGUGCCAACUCUUCCUAGAGCCCCAGCUGUGAUCACAGCUGGCUGAUUUCUGCCAGACCGGCCUAGGGCUUGAGCUGGUCAAGGGUUAUACUGAACCGUACCUGCGGGAGGCCCACAUCUGAGGCCUCUCUCCCUAUAGUGGAGCAAAGAAGCACUUAGUCCUUCCUCAAAUCCCCAGCCAGCCCCGUGCCUACCAUUGCCAAGCUCGGCCCCCCUCAGAAGAUGGCUGGGGCCCCUACCUUUAGUGUACAUAGGUCCUUCCUUCCCUAUUCUCAACUCUGCCAUCCUCCAGCACCCCCAUGCCCUUUCCCACUCUGGACCUAAGCCUCUGAGGAUGGGGGAGCCCCUUCGCCAUAUUACCCACUCUUCUCUUCCAAGAAGUGAUCGCUUCAAAGCCCUGUCCAUCUUCCUGUCAUUCCAGACUUCUCUCUUCUGUCCCCUUCAGAUGGAAUCCACAGAAAUGUGUGUGAUGCCCAGGUUCCAGGGGGAACACAGUCAACCAAUCCAUAUUAUCUCUCUUCCUCUUGCCCCUUCUGAAGCUUCAGAACUGACCCAGGUGCCCCUUCUCACUGACCCCUCAGUCUUCUCUGCCUCUAGAUCAGUGUCCUCUGCCUGCUUCUGUCACCCCCAUUUUCUUCCCUCCUGGACGGUCCUGACACUUAGCUCCUAAGUACCAGUUUUUCUACCCCUCCCCCCUUUCUCUGUUCCUUUCCCCAUUGCCAGAGACAGAUGUUGUAAAUAAAAUAUAUUUAUAAUUAUCCCCCAUUUGGGAUCCUGUUUACUCAUGAUGAUGCACUUUCCUGAACUUGUCACCCUGGCUGGGUUUUGCUCCAAAUUGGCAUGAUAUUAUUUCUCGAGGGUCCUUUCCUAAGGCCCCUAACUAACCAGGGGUUCCAGCUGGAAACUGGUGCAAUGAAACCUGGCAUAGGGGCUGUCCCUCAGCCUGGCAUAGGGACUGUCUCCUGGUUACAACCAGUCUGCUUUCUAGGAGGUCUGGAACUCUCACCUCCCUGUACUUCUGCACACUGUUCCUCUGGAUCGUGUAAGUUUUUUGGAAUUUGAGAGUCUUCUAUUUAAAUGCUGUAGUAACCACUGCCUUUGUACAGUGCCGUCUCCUAACUGGAUUCUGAGCCAAAGUCAGAAGGAGAAAACAGACUCAGAAAGAUCCCAGUGACUUCUUUGAAGUCCCUCUCAGUAGCUGGGAGCCCAGCAGGGCCUAGAACCCAGGUGUGACAAGACCAGAGCAUGCCAGAACAUUGUUGUGUGUGUUGGUGUUAGCUUUGGACUUCUUGUUGGACAGUGGACAGUUGCUAGGGAAGUGUCGAUCCAGCUCAGGGUUUGCUGGGGAUGGAAUUCAAGACGUGGGCAGAGGAGGGCGCCAGUGGGUGGGAAAAGGUGGGCCAAGGGAACAGCGACUGUUUGACUAUUCACAGUUCCAGCUUUGUGGCUAGCUGCUCUGCCUUGGCUGCCUCCUGUGCCUGAUCAUGUUGCCACCUCCCUUGCCAUUUCCACCAUGGCUGUAUGACAAUAAAAUGGACCU